UUCUUAACGAAAUUAGGUCGCUGAUAUUGUCGGGUAUCUCGCCAGGGAUCGAGUUUGACGACAAGUUUAGAGCUUUAAGGUUGCAGAGUAGAGUAAUCGAAGUGGGUAUCGAUAUUUUAACAGAUUAUGUGAUAAAUCGAGGAAUGUGAGAAUUCGGGUGGAACGAGAGGGAGACGAGAGAUGGGGAGAGAGCUUUGAGUGCUGUGGAGGAUAUGGAGAGAUCGGAGGAGCAGUUUUCGAAGGAGAUGGAGGUGACGAGGCAGAACGGGGAGUGGGCGUCGCAGGUUACGACGGUGAUUGGGAGUUUGGAGGAGGAACGGUGGUCGCAUGGGUUUUUUACGGUGGGAAUCUUGAGAGAUUCGAGAGCUUUGAGCUGUUUUGGGACAAGGUGACCUUUGUGUAACUUAUUUCAAGGCUGAGUAUGAAAAAGGUUCAAAGCUUAUGAUUGGAGGUGAUCACGGGAAGAAGUCAUUGCUUGGAACAGAGGAGUUUGUGCUUGAAACUGGUGAAUAUGUCACAUGCGCGAUAGUGUACAUUGAGAUGAUUUAUGGAGUAGAUGCACCGGUGAUCAUAUGUCUUAAAUUCAAGAAAAACAAAAGAACGUCUGAUCCGUAUGGUCUGGAGUCAGGAACUCCAAUCGUGCUGGAGAAGAAAGACCACAAAAUUGUUGGGUUCGUUGGACAAGCUGGUGACUAUCUUUACAAGCUUAGAGCCAGAGUGGGCACCUAUACCGAACUGAUGCACAACCAAUCAGAUAUACUUGGAGUUCGGAUAAAACUAUUUUGUAAGCUUGUCGAGUUGUACUGUGUCUAUUGUUGUAUUUGGUUUGUUUUAAGCUUUAUGUAUGCGUGUGUUGCUUCUAUGCUAUCUAAACAAAUGAUGUUUUCUUCUAUUGUGAUCUAAUAAACUCUCAAA